AUUUAAGAAAGGGAAUCUGUUAAACAAAAUAUUGCUAUAACUUCAAGAAAAUCAUUUUAUCAAGAUAUUAAUGUUGGAGAAUUAAAGAACCCUCAUAAAUUACAAAAAACUUCUCACUGAAAAUCAGUUGUUUGCCACAUUUAAAAAUAUUCGUGGUACCUCUCAAUAUUUUCAACAGAUGCAUUUGGAUAUGCUAGCAAAACUUAGACAGUAUGGACCUUAUACAUUUUUUAUAAGUGCUUCUGCUGCAGAAUUUCAUUUGCCGGAAAUAAUUCAAAUAGUUGGUAAACAGUAUGGACAAAGUUUUACUGAGGAACAAGUAAAUGGAAUGGACUGGCAAACCAAACGUUCAUGGCUUCAGAGAAAUCCAGUAACUGUAGCAAGACACAUUGAUUACAUCUUUGAACAAUUGUGGGGAAAAGUCAUACUUAGUGGUGCCCAUCCAGUAGGUCAAGUAUUAAACUUUGAUAUCAGAAAGGAAAUGCAAGGACGUGGAACUGCUCAUUUCCAUAGUGCAUUACAUGUUCAAAAUGCUCCAAAGCUAGAUGUAGAUCCUGAUGAGUCAUUUACAUCUUUUGCUGAUAAAUUCAUCAAGUGUACCUUACCUGAUGAUGACUCUGAAAUAUUUAGUCUUGUUAACACGCGUCAGCGUCACCAUCAUACACGAACUUGUAAAAAGAAUGUGUGUGUCAUCUGCAGAUUUGGUUUCCCUCGUCCUCCAAGUAAUAAAACAGUUAUUGCUCGUGUCCCUGAUAAUUCUGAUGACAAAGCAGUAGCUUCCACUAUCCUAACUAAAGUAUACAAAGCUGUGGCAGGAAUCACUACAGAUAACAUACCAUCCAUGGAACAGCUUCUAAAGCAGGUUAAUGUAAGUCCUGACCAGUACGAGUGGGCUCUAAAAGUGGCACACAGGAGAACAUACAUAGUAAUGAAACGAUCACCAGCAGAUGUCAAUAUCAAUAAUUACAAUCCAGUGCUGUUGAAGUGUUUAAGGUCAAAUAUGGACAUACAGAUGAUUACAUCAAUCUGGGCCUGCAUUGCAUAUAUAUAACAUCAUGUAUGUGCAAACCUGAGAAAACUAUGUCAGAAAUGAUGAGAAAAGCAAGUAAAGAGGCUCAAGACAAAAAUAUUACUGAUAGACUGUACCAUAUCUCUAACCAACUAAGGAAGGGAAGAGAGGUUUCUCAUCAUGAAAGCAUAAUGCGAACACUUUCAAUUCCACUAAGGAGGUCAAGUGUAGCUGUGAUAUUCAUACCUACUGGUAAACAAGAAGAUAGAACACGCAUUCUAAAACCAAAGGCCAUUCUUGACUCACUGGAAGACAGUGACAUAGACAUAUACAUGCCAUCUAUACAUGAUAAAUAUGCAGCUCGUCCAGAUGCAUUAAAUGCCUGGCAGGGUUUGUAGCUAAUUUUUCAACUUUGUAUCCAAAAACCUCAGAAGGAUCAUCAGAAGAAGCACCUGAAUGUGAAAAAGAAACUGAUGAUUAUUCAACUAAAGAAUAUAUACAGUUGAAAGACAAAAUGGGGAAGUUGUAUAGAAGAAAAACUCCACAGAUAAUAAGGUAUCAUUAUAUCUCCAAAGAAAAAGAUGAAGAGGAAUAUUAUCAUAGACUCCUUCUUUUGUAUCUUCCCUGGAAAUCAGAACAGGAAUUGAAAUGUAAUGGUGGAUACAAAGAAAAGUUUGAAGAAGUUAAAGAAACAAUAAUACCUACAAUUAAACAAUAUGAGCCGUAUUAUGAUGAAGUCGAACAUAUCAUUGAUACAUUUGAUCCAGGUGAAAUGUUACCAGAAGUAUGGGACCAAGUUUCAGCAAACAUACAACAAGACAUUGCAAAUAAAUACAAUGUUAGAUGUAUGAACAGUCACCUUGACCCUGAACUAAUUGAGAAGCAGCCAGUUGACCAUUCUAAAAAAAUGAACAGCAAUAAAACUUUCUCAUUAACUCCAACUUACCAGAUGGCAGAUCAGGACUUCCACAAAUUUGUCCAAACACUAAAUGAAAAACAGAAAUAUCUGUUUGAUUUUAUGUUCAACUGGGCUACAAAAACACGAUUACUUGAAGAUAAACCACCACCAUUUUAUAUCUAUUUAAGUGGGAGUGGAUGUGUUGGUAAGUCCCAUCUAGUUAAUACAAUCUAUCAUGGAGUGACUAGAGCUCUGAAAACUCCAGGCCAGAAUCCUGAUCAACCAACAGUUUUGUUAACAGCUUCAACUGGUAAAGCAGCAACAGGUAUCAAUGGGACAACUCUUCAUUCAGCAUUUGCUCUUCCAGUUAAAACCAAAGCUUCAAAAUCAUCUGAAUAUCAAAAAAUUGGAUCUGAAAGACUGAACAAGAUGCGAUCAUCUUAUGCAAAUUUAAAACUCAUAAUUGCUGAUGAAAUCUCAAUGUUUGGGUCACAGAAUUUACAGAACCUGCAUCUUGCUCUACAAGACAUCUUUCAAGAUUACAACACUCCAUUUGCUGGUGAGGCGAUCUAAGCUGUGGGAGACUUGCUACAGCUUAACCCUGUUGGGGAC